GGAAAACACAUUUUUGCCCAGAGUGUGGCCGAUGUUUUGCCCUCAAGUUGUCCCUUGCCAGACAUCAGAGAAUCGAAGUGAGCGAGAAACCCCCGGAAAACUCCGAGUGUGAGGAACGUUUUGGUCAAAGUACAGAUUUCGUGAGUCAUCAGACAACUAGGAGGGGAGAAAGACCCUAUCAAUGCUCAGAGUGCGGAAAAUUGUUUGCACACCAGUUCGUCCUAUUGACCCACCUAAAGCUCCACGCUGGAGAGAAUCUGUAUAAAUGUUGGGAAUGUGGGAAAUGUUUUGCUCACAACUCAGAGCUUCAGAUCCAUUGGGGAGUUCACAUGGGAAUAAAACCCUACAAAUGCUUGGCCUGUGGAAAAUGUUUUGGUUUGCAUUCCGCACUGGUGAGCCAUGAGAGAGCACAUAGAGGAGAAAGGCCACAUAAAUGCUUGGAAUGUGGAAAAUGUUUUCUCCACAAAGCAAAGCUUGUGCGACAUCAGAGAAUCCACACAGGAGAGAAACCCCACAAAUGCGCAGAGUGUGGAAAAUGUUUCUCUGAGAAAUCCGUCCUUCUGAGGCAUCAGACCAUCCACAACGGAGAAAGACCCCAUACAUGUGUGCAGUGUGGGAAAAGUUUUGUUUUACCAUCACAACUUGCAAUCCAUCAGAGAAUCCACACAGGAAAGAGACCCUACGAGUGCAUGGAGUGUGGGCAGUGCUAUUCCCGGAAGCAACACCUUCACAGACACCAGAGAAUCCACACAGGAGAAAAACCCCACAAAUGCGCAGAAUGUGGGAAAUGUUUUUCUGAGAAAUCACAUGUUAUUGUCCAUCAGAGAAUCCAUACAGGAGAGCGACCCUACAAAUGCCUGGAGUGUGGGAAAUAUUUUCCCCAAAACUCGCACCUUCGGACACAUCAGAAAGUCCACACAGUAGUGAAGCCGUACAAAUGCUUGGAGUGUGGCAAAUGUUUUCUCAAGAAGUCAUACCUCUAUAGACACCAGAAAGUCCACACAGGAGAGGGAGCCCAUAAAUGUUUGAAAUGUGGGAAAUAUUUUUCGCAGAUAGCAAAUUUCCAUAAACACCAGAGAGUCCACACGAGAAAGAAAGUAUAUCAAUGUUGGGAGUGUGGGGAGUGUUUUGGUCACCAGUCAGCUGUUUUGACACACCAGAGUGUUCAUGCAGGAGUAAGGAUGUACAAGUGCGUGGAGUGUGGGAAAUCUUUUGUAGAGAAGUCAAAUCUUGAUAAACAUCAGAGAGUCCACACAGGAGAGAAACCGUAUAAAUGCCUGGAGUGUGGGAAAUGUUUCCCCCGGAGAAAGAACCUUGAGGUGCACCAGAGUGUCCACACAGGAGAGAAACCUCAUAAAUGCUUGGAGUGUGGCAAAUGUUUUCUUCAGAAAUCAUAUCUUCACUUACACCAGAGGAUUCACACAGGGGAGAAGCCACAUAAAUGCCUUGAGUGUGGCAAAUGUUUUCUUCAGAAAUCAUACCUUCAUCUGCACCAGAAAGUCCAUAUAGGAGAGAAGCCCCAUAAAUGCCUCGAGUGUGGGAAAUGUUUUAUCAUGAAAUCAAGCCUCGAUAAACAUUGGAAAGUCCACACAGGAGAGAAACCCAAUACAUGCUUGGAAUGUGGAAAAUGCUUUCCCCAGAAAUCAUUGCUUCGUAGACACCAGAUGAUCCACACAGGAGAGAAACCACAUAAAUGCUUAGAGUGUGGCAAAUGUUUUCGUGAAAAAUCAUACCUUCAUGUACACCAGAGAGUCCACACAGGUGAGAAGCCACAUAAAUGCUUGGAGUGUGGUAAAUGUUUUUCACAGAAGCCCACCCUUGUGGCACACCAGCGAGUCCACACGGGCGAGAAACCACACAAAUGUUUGGAGUGUGGCAAAUGUUUCUCCCAGAAAUCAAGCCUUGUGGCACAUCAGAGGGUUCACAUAAAGAAAAAUCCCAUAAAUACUUGGAGUGUGGAAAACCUCUUGAGAAAUAAUUUGCUGAUAAACAUUGGAGCGUCCACACAGGACAGCAAUGCAAUAAAUGCUUGGAGUGUGGAAAAUGUUUUUCUCAAAACGACCCGCUUGGUAGACACCAGAGAAUCCCCACAGGAGGGAAACCCCAUACACAUUUGGGAGCGUGGCAAACGCUUUCCUCUAAAAUAA